AAUAUGAUCCUCCUCAGCCAUUUGCUCGUCUCUGCUCCUGCUCUGCUCCAUGAUGAGGGGGUAUCAUCUCUUUCUGUGGCUCGACCUGAGGGGACUGCUGCUGGUCUCUAUCAUUGCUCUGCUGGUCGUGUACUUUCUGAUCAAAAAGGAUCCUCCUAAUUUUCCCCCUGGACCACCAGCGCUCCCGCUUCUCGGAAACGUCUUAAGCAUUGAAGCCAAACAGCCUCACAUUUACCUCACCAAGCUCGCUGAUGUUUAUGGGAAUGUGUUCUGCAUUCGUCUGGGAAGACACAAAACAGUGUUUGUGUCUGGGUGGAAGAUGGUGAAGGAAGCUUUAGUGACACAGGCGGACAACUUUGUGGAUCGACCUUACAGCCCGAUGGUGAACAGAAUUUAUUCAGGGAACUCAGCAGGUCUUUUUUUCAGUAACGGGAAGGUGUGGAGGAGACAGCGACGCUUCGCCAUGGCCAUGUUACGUACCUUUGGUCUGGCCAAGAGCUCCACAGAGCGGAGCAUCUGUGAAGAGAGCCAACAUCUGCAGGAGGCCAUGGAGAAGGAGAAAGGUGAGCCGUUCGACCCUGUGUCGCUCUUAAACAGCGCUGUAGCCAACAUCAUCUGUCAGAUAGUGUUUGGGAGACGGUUUGACUACAGCGAUCACGACUUUCAGAGCAUGCUGAAGAAUCUGACAGAGAUUGCCUAUUUGGAAGGCUCCAUAUGGGCUCUACUUUAUGAUGCAUUCCCUGCUCUGAUGGAACAUCUGCCCGGGCCUCACAAUGGCAUCUUCAGCAACUCCAAAUCUCUGGAGGCCGCUAUCAGGAGAGAGAUAGAAAGGCACAACUUGGAUCUGAACCCCAGCGACCCUCGAGAUUACAUCGACACCUUCCUCAUAGAACAGAAACACAACAGACACACUGAACAGGGCUUUGACGAAGGAAACCUGGCUCUGUGUUGUCUGGAUCUGUUCCUGGCCGGCAGUGAAACCACCUCAAAGACCCUGCAGUGGGGCCUCAUCUACCUCAUCAAGAACCCUCAUAUCCAAGAAAAAGUCCAGGCAGAGAUAGACGGAGUGAUCGGACAGAGCCGUCAGCCCACUAUGGCCGACAGACCCAACAUGUCCUACACUGACGCUGUCAUCCAUGAGAUCCAGAGGAUGGGAAACAUUGUUCCUCUGAAUGGACUCAGAGUAGCUGCCAAGGACACAACACUGGGUGGUUACUUCAUACCGAAGGGAACCACUGUGAUGCCCAACCUGACCUCUGUGCUGUUUGACAAGACUGAAUGGGAAACUCCAGACACCUUCAACCCCGGUCACUUCCUGGAUGCUGAGGGAAAGUUUGUGAGGAGGGAAGCGUUUUUACCUUUCUCUGCAGGAAAGCGUGCGUGUCUGGGAGAAGGCCUGGCGAGAAUGGAGCUGUUCUUGUUCUUCGUCAGUUUGUUUCAGAAGUUUUAUUUUUCCACUGUGGAAGGAGUUGAGCUGAGGACAGAGGGAAUCAUUGGAGCCACACGUACACCGUACCCCUUUAAGAUCUACGCCAAGGCCAGAUGAAUCCUGUAACUGCUCCCCUGUACUGCAGACUAAGCCAAAAGAUAUUUUACAGUUUAAUAAAUAGACAACAUCUGCUGCAACAGUUGCUAGUUUUCAUUACCAUCCAUGCUUCUAAUGAGUCCAGCAGAGAACAUGUGAGAAAAACGGAUGGAUGCACAAGGUAAUGUUUCAUGAAAUUGGUAAAGUGGAACUGUAGCCUGCUCUUUGUUUUGCUGCUACACAGAAUCACAUAAUGGGUGACUGUGUGAUGAAUGAACAUCAUUAUGUAACCAGCAAGCAGCUGCAAAAUCUCCCUCUUUUGUUAAUGACAAGUCAAUUCAUGUCUAUUUAUCACUUUUCCCUUUAAAUGAAAGAUUUCAGUUAUAGUGUCGCUCACUUUAAAAAUACAUUUCAAUAAAAAAGGACAGAUUUUGUCUUUUUGUUCUCUUGUAGGUACACGCAUGUAUGACUGGAUCAUAAACUCUGUAUAAGUGUCUUGCUCGCCACCUGGUGGCUGGCUGCAGUAUAGGUCAAAACCCCCGACUCCCUCAUGUUAGUGGAUGAGAC